GAUGUUUAUUUGUUUUAUUUAUUACUUCAAGCUGAACUAACUCGAUAUUUACUAAAUUUAAUACCCAACACACUUUGUUAUUCAUCACAUGUAUAUGCAGUAUUUCCAUCCAGAUAAUAUGUCAUCUGCUGAGAAGCUGAAAGUUGAGCUUAAAAAAGUUAGAGAUGAAUUUAAAAUGUCAGAAUCAGAUUGUGGAUCUGCACGUGUUCAAGUGGCACAGCUGACGACAAAGAUCAAGCACCUAAAUUCAGCAUUACAUAAAAAGGAUAAGCAUUCCCGGAAGGGUCUUCAAGCGAUGGUCCAGAGGAGAAAGAAGUUAUUGAAGUAUCUCCGUAGAACUGACUGGGAUUCCUACUGCCUUGUUCUUUCAAAGCUUGGUCUCCGAGACAAUCCGAAUUACAAAAACUAGAUGAAAUGUAUUCAUCUCUGUUUUGACAUGCUAAUGAUGCUUUAUUUAGUGAUGUACCAGGUUUUUUGUUUUGUAUCUGGUACUCACAAUUUUUCAACUAGAUGUCACUUCUGAUUCUCCUUUAAUUUAAAGUCACAAUAAUAACAGCUCCUUGGUACUAUUUGCUA